GAUUAUCUGUCCACCAUUGAGAAACACUGGRUUGUUCACACUGGGUCUGGCCAAGACGGCCCAAAACAAAGAAAUUCAACAGAGCCCACUGUUCUCCCUGCUAAUGAAUUCAAACAGAAGCCAAAUCUGGACUACAAAAUAAGACUUGAAGAGGGAGUAGCCCGUGUAUGGUUCCCACAAGGGCUUGUGGAUAUACAUUUCUUUUUGAUAGUGUCCUUCAAUCUGUUUUCAUGGGUGCAAAUAGGUGCAUGAGGAACCCAGCUCUGCUGCUGACACAUUUAGAGUUUAGCCUGCUUUGCCACAACCAGGAAAAUGUCGGGGUCCUACGAUGAAUCUGCUGCUGCUGCUGACGACGCUAUGGACAGCUUUUGGGAGGUGGGGAACUACAAGCGUGCCGUCAAGCGGAUUGACGACGGCCACCGGCUCUGCAAUGACCUCAUGGGCUGCCUUCAGGAACGUGCCAAGAUUGAGAAGGCCUAUGGUGACCAGCUGACCGCCUGGUCCAAGAGAUGGAGACAGCUGAUCGAGAAAGGACCACAGUAUGGCACCGUGGAGAGGGCGUGGCUGGGUGUGAUGACCGAGGCUGAGAAGGUGAGUGAGCUGCACCAGGAGGUGAAGAACGGCCUGCUCAACGAAGACCUGGAGAAGGUCAAGAACUGGCAGAAGGAGGCSUACCACAAGCAGAUGAUCGGAGGCUUCAAGGAGGCCAAAGAGGCCGACGAGGGCUUCAAGAAGGCCCAGAAACCAUGGGCCAAGAAGCUCAAAGAGAUGGAGACUGCUAAGAAAACAUACCACAUGGCGUGUAAGGAGGAGAAACUGGCCGCCACCCGCGAGGCAGAUGGGAAGACACAGGCCUCCGUCACAACUGACCAGCAGAAGAAACUCCACGAGAAAACAGACAAGUGCAAACACGAUGUUCAGAAGGCUAAGGAGAAGUAUGAGAAGUCUCUGUCAGAGCUGAGUGCUGUCACUCCCCCGUACCAGGAGAGCAUGGAGCAGGUGUUUGACCAGUGCCAGCAGCACGAGGUCAAAAGGCUCACCUUCCUCAAGGAGAUCCUGCUGGACAUCAAACGCCACCUCAAUCUCACUGAGAACCAAAGCUAUGGCACAGUAUACAGAGAACUGGAGCGCACCAUCCUGGGUGCCAACACACAGGAGGACCUGCAGUGGUUUAGCAACCACCAUGGCCCUGGCAUGCAUAUGAACUGGCCAAUGUUCGAGGAGUACAACCCAGAUGCUACUGCUGCUGUUGUUAAGAGGGAGAAGGUGCAGAAGCCGGCUGGGGCCCCACCGACCCCCAGCACUGACCAUGUGGCACCACCUGGAGACCGUGGCAGCAUCAGCGCUGAUCAUGUGGCACCACCUGGUGACCGUGGCAGUGUGAGCAGCUAUGAAAAGAACCAGGCCUACUCCACUGAGUGGUCCGAUGACGAUGCYCCUGCAGCCUACUCAGGCGGUGAGACCAACGGGGGUGGAAAUGGAAACUCCUUCGAGGAAGACUCUGGCAGUGCAGGAAAAGGAGGUGCUGGGACCGGGACCGCGUCCGGGGUCCGAGUGCGUGCUCUGUAUGAUUAUGACGGACAGGAACAAGACGAACUCACCUUCAAAGCUGGUGAUGAACUGACCAAGACUGAGGAUGAAGAUGACCAAGGCUGGUGUAGAGGUCGCCUGGAUACAGGCCGAGAGGGACUGUACCCGGCCAAUUACGUCGAGGAGAUCUAAUGACCCCAAAGGAGGAGGACAUGCCAUUGGAGGCAGCUCGGACUGUCUCAUCCAAUCGCACUGCACAUAGCCAGAGACUUACGAGCAACACAUCCCUUGCCCAACAGAUGCGCCAAUCAGAGUCUUGCCUAAAUAAAAUCUUAGUAUAUUAGUAGUAUAUUAUAUUAUAUUUAUCCAGUAUUUGGAGUGAGGAGGACAUAAACACUAAAACAGGAGCAGCAUUUAUUCCAGUGUACACACACUCAAACAUACUGUAACAUCAAGCCAAUGCAGGGACACAUUUGUGUAGCUGUGUUCAAUAUAAAGAUCAUGCAGAUGAUUCAACGUUUUUGCAGUAUAUUCUCCUAUAACAGUGUGACGAUAAUGUAACCAAUUAUAUUUACCUGCCGGUUUAACCAGAACAAGCUACUCAGCUUGCGUUGUGUAUAUAUGACACCGUUUUGUGUAGCAGUUUCGAUGCUGUGUGUUCAGUCCUCCUCCUUACAUUGGGAAUGCUGUGUAGUGUUAAAAGUACCACAAAAUGUAUCCUAGAUUUUAUUAUUUUCUCUUUUGUGAUUUGGUCUCAUCCCUUUUACCAGUUGUGCAGUGGUACAGUAUCUGUUUGUCUCUGUUUCUCAAUUGGUUUGCAAUAGCAGCAUGUGCUAUGCAACAUGCAUUCCCUUAACCUCCAAGCCAUAUUAAGGCUACAAGAUGCAACUAAUCCCCUGAUAUGACCAAUGCAGAGGACCAGAGUUCACCAUUAGACACAGACACAGCAUUGGAAUAACACUAUGAGCUUGUGUCUGCCUUCAUACCCGGAAGUGGAGAGGCUGGAUAGAUUUUUUUUUCUCUCUUCCCAUCACCACCAUUGAAUCAUAACAUCUAAUUUCUGUUAAUUGCGAGGUAUUUUUAGAAUAUCUGUUCAUUUGGAUCUAUUGCUGUGUAAUAUCUAGAAUACCUGUGAGGGAACUUCUGCAUUUUAGGGUCAGUAGGCAAGGUAUUAUCACCAGCUUGCUUUGAUUUAAUCUGUCAGUGCUGACAAGAACGUUUUGGACAAUUUGAUUGUUCAGGUGAUGUAUUCAGGCACAUUUAAUGUGAAUUUAGUUGUUUUCCUGCUGUAGGGGGAUAACAGCAUAUAGGAAAAAUGGUUUUGAACUAUGUUACUGUUCGAUGGUUGUCUCCUGGUAAAAUAGGAACAUCAAUCUUGACGGUACCAUGCUGCAGAUCCUUGUCUUAAAAUGGAAACGUGGACAUGAAUGUACUAUUGUAGGGGCAUGGAAGGAGACAUGCUGUAUUUAACUAGGCAUGUUUUGUUCCAUUGUCAUACAGAACGCUACCAGAAAAAAAAGUGGUUUUGAGCCCAUUUACCUACUUAGGCCAAAGAAUGACCGAAAUCCGAAAAUGCAUAAAACUCUCUCUAUACAUGCAAUAACUCACAUAUCACAUAACCCUGUCAAGGAUUUUCUUGUCAAGAUGCAACUCAUGCAACUAACUGCUUCCUGUCCUCUGAAUAUUUCUGUGUUCAUUCAAUAGGCGAUCCACAUGGGGGAAGACAAGAGCAUUUUUUAUUUCUUUUUUAUUUCACCUUUAUUUAACCAGGUAGGCCAGUUGCAUAGAACAGUGACCACAGUAUAUCAGAAAUAAUUUCUUUGUCUACAGUAAUUAACUCUACUUUAGAUUGCUCCCAGUAGUAUACUUCACAUGCUCACACCUAAUGCAGCCCCUGCUUUGAAUACACAUUUAUUUUUACUGUUCUAAUUACAUUGGUAACCAGUUUAUAAUAGCAAUAAGGCACCUCUGGGGUUUGUG